GGGCCCAACGGAAAAGGCGGCCGUUGCCAGAGAAACCCUUGCUGGUUACUAGCUCUGCUUGUCUCACUGGCACGUUAGCGGGCACUCUUCCACCGCUAGCAGUUCUAAGAAUUCGCCUGCUUCUGCCUCGGAGCCCUUUCCUUUCUUCCUAGCUUUUACCCACCGCACUGCCCACUGCUUCCUGCACCCUCCUAGCCCACCCAGGGCUAGAGAAUACAGGUUUCAGCUUAUGUGAAGAAGUCGUAGAAGCCAUCUAUCAAUCCAUUUCCUGAAUAUAUGGAGAAGCCUGCAAAUGAUAGAAGUCAUUCAGAAGAACUAUUUUCACAUUUUCAAAGUAGACCAGAGAAAGAACAUUUACCACUUCAUGCCAGUGAAAGUCAUCUUAGCUGUUUACAGCAGGGCGUCUUAAAUGAAACAACUGAAUUGGAAGCAACAUAUAAGGAAGCCGAGUUGGCAACCUACUCUGUAGAAUUACUUUUGCCAUUAUUUAAGGACACCAUUGAAGAAAUUAGUUUUGAAAAUGCUAAUCUUUCUGCAUCCAAUUUGAAGAAGAUUUUUAAACAGAAGGAGAUAUUAACAAAAGAAUUAAACACUUUUAAACGUGUAAAACAAUCUUUUGAAUAUCUUCUUAGAAAGACAGAAUACCAACAAAUAGGCGACAGUUUGUCCAGCAUAUUAGAGAGGCUAACUGAUAAUGAAAGUGAAAAUACUAAUCUUAAGAAGAAGGUACUUGAAAAGGAGACGUAUAUCCAAGAACUUUCUUGUUUGUUUCAGAAUGAAAAGGCAAAUGCUUUGAAAGCAAACCGUUUUUCACAAUCAGUGAAAGUAGUACAUGAACGACUACAGUUCCAAAUUCAUAAAAAGGAAUCAGAGAAUGAUAAAUUAAAAGAAUACAUAAAGAGCUUGGAGACCAAGAUAGCCCAGUGGAACUUGCAAUUGAAAAACAAUAAGCAGGAGACUAUAGCAAUGAAAGAAUCGAGUCAGCAAAAAGUUAUAGCCCUCAAAAAGGCAUCUAAAGUUUACAAACAAAGGCUUGAACAUUUUACUGGAGACAUUGAAAACCUUACUUCCCAAAUUAGAGAUCAGGAAGCCAAGUUGUCUGAAGCAAUUUUAGCUUCCAAUGCCUGGAAAAGUCAUUAUGAGAAAAUUUUAAUAGAAAAAACUGAAUUGGAAGUUCAGAUAGAAACAAUGAAAAAGCAAAUCCUUAAUCUUUUGGAAGACCUGAAGAAAAUGGAAGACCAUGGGAAAACAUCAUGUGAAGAAAUUCUUAGAAAACUUCAGUCAAUUGAAUAUGAAAGUGAAACUCUGAAUCUUGAGAAUACAAAAUUAAAGACUACACUUGCUGCUUUGAAGGAUGAGGUGGUUUCAGUUGAAAAUGAACUCUUAGAAUUGGAAGAAGUAGAAAAACAACAGAAAACCCUUAUUGAAGUGUAUAAAACUCAGAUACAAAAGUUACAAGAAGCAGCUGAAAUGGUGAAAAGAAAAUGUGAAAAUUUGCUAAGUGAAAAUAACCAAAUAACAAAAAACAAAAAUAAAAAAUUAGAAAAGAUGAGAGGCCAGAUGGAGUCUCAUCUGAAGGAGUUAGAGUGCGUCCGCGAUUCCUUGACGGCGGCGGAACAGAAGCUUCAAGAGUGUCAGGAGAGUCUGCAUCACUACAAGGGGAAAUGUGCAGACCAAGCACACACCAUUAGGGAGCUUCAGGGCCAGAUUGAUGGAAAUCACAAUCUUCUGACAAAACUUUCUCUGGAGGAAGAAAAUUAUCUUAUUCAAUUGAAGUGUGAAAACCUUAAACAAAAAUUAGAACAGAUGGAUGCAGAAAAUAAAGAACUUGAAAAGAAGCUGGAAAACCAAGAAGAAUGUCUUAAGCACAGCAAUCUUAAGUUGAAAGAGAAGUCUGCAGAAUAUACAGCAUUGGCCAGACAGCUGGAAGCUGCUUUAGAAGAAGGAAGACAAAAGGUUUCCGAAGAAAUAGAGAAAAUGUCAUCUAGAGAGAGGGCUUUACAAAUUAAAAUAUUAGAUCUGGAAACUGAGCUUAGAAAGAAAAAUGAAGAACAAAAUCAACUCGUUUGCAAAAUAAACAAUAAAGCACAACAUCAGGAAGUAUGUUUGAAAGAAAUACAACAUAGUCUUGAAAAGUCGGAGAAUCAAAACGAGAGUAUUAAGAAUUAUUUACAAUUUCUUAAAACUUCUUAUGUAACAAUGUUUGGAUAAACUGUUGAAUUUGUUUUCUAUAAGCAAUAGAUUUUUACUGUGAGUCUACAAAGUGAUUAGGUAAAAAAUAAAUAUACUAUCUGUUGUUCUACUUUAUGACUUGUGGGUGGUAGAAUUAGAGUUUUUAUUUAAAGAUUUUGAAACAUAAUUUAUUAUCCAAUUGAAACUUUAAAACAAGAUAGAUAUCAGUAUUCUUUUUUUGCUGGAUAAUUUUUACUUAGUUCUGGUUUAUUUUCUAUUUAUAUUAUAUUGGUUUUUAGAAUGUUUUUUAUGUGCACAUAAAAGAAGCCAGAAUCAUUCUUUGUGUUUCUGUACCCACCAUCCAAGUGAAUUUGUAAUAAAUCUAGGCUAUUUAUGAGCCAAAUACAUGAUUUUUAAUAACACACAUAAUUGUUUUACAUUGUGGUGCUAUGUACAUAUAUAUUAAUAUAAUAAAGGAAAUAUUCUGCAUAUUAAUUUUUA